CUGGACUUUUUACAUGUUUAUUUGAUCAAGAGUUUUUGGACUUUAUUAUGCAUGACUGUGUUGGAUAUGAGGAAUACCAUAACUUACGUCAAGCAUAAAUGCUGACAGUCCUCUAAAUGAUCUCAUAAAUACAUUUUUAUUCUUGAAAACCAAUGUUAUGGCUCAUUUAUGAGGAAAAUUGUGCACUUGGCAUCCGAAUGGAGUUUAGAAGUUCCCUAAGGAGUCAAAGCAAACAGUCCUUGACCUGAGUCUUCAUUUUUGUGGUGUUAUUAUGUAACUUUGAUUCAUCGGUGAGAGGUGAGAGAACAUUUUUGGUUCACUUGUAGUAAGUCGAAAGACUCUAUGCGCCUGGGAUAAACCUCUCCGACCCAUGUGCGUCAAGAAAGACAGAAGAGAAGAGGAAUGCGCUAUUGACGUCAUGAGGUGAAAUAACCAAAACUCAAAAACUGGAACUGUCUAUAAAUGCCUGAGUAAAUUUUUUAUCUUCUAGUCGUCAAAGCUGUUUGCCACCAUCUCCAUUUGUUUCCACCUCUUGAUUCUUUUUCAACCCAAGCACCACUCCCAGCUUGCCUCUGAUCUAAACAGUAUCAUGGCUUCUCCUCAACAUCAACAUCUGCUGUUUCACAACAGCGAAGUAAGCUGUGACUCCAGCGGCAAUGGUGCUGUGUCUGUGCGGAUCAGCAGCACCAAGCCACACAAACAGCAGCGUGGGAGUCUGGGAGCCAGCGCCAUGUGCAGCAUCAUCGGGGGCUCCAAACAUUGCAAGUACAGCAUCUCCUCCAGCUGUAGCUCAGGCGAAUCCGCCAUCCGCAAACCAGUGGUCAAAGGCCUCCGAACUCAAAGGAAGAUGCCGCAGCUGUUUGAAAGGUCAGCUGGACAUUUCUGGAAUCCCAAGUUUGACUCCAACAUUCUGGAGGAAGCCUGCCGCGAACGCUGUCUCCCUCAAACGCAACGGCGUUUCCGCUGCGUGUUGUUUUACUUGGCGGCCGCAAGCCUCCUUUGGGGAUUGUUCUUCAUUGCCAAUGCUAAUCGAUGUGAACGGACUGCCUUCUUAUUGCCCACGGCUGCCUUCCUACUCCUCUGUUCUGUCCUGUUCGUCUUCACGUUCACCCGGUUCUACGCCCACUGCUACAAUCAAGCCUCACUGUUGCUCAUCGUGGUGACGUUUGCCCUCACUCUUGCACCUCAGAUACAGACCUCUGGCUUUAAUGACUUUAAUGAUCCUCCUUUGAAGGAUGAAGAGGACGCAGGCGACUUCAGUGGUGCAGAGGAUAAAAACCUGACAUUUGAAGCCAACCGCAGUGAAGGUCCAGUUGCUCCUUGUUUGUCCCCAGUUGGCACCUUCUCUCUAGGCAUGGAGGUGCUUUCAUUGCUCUACAGUUUCCUCCACGUCCGUUUGUAUGCUUCGCUCCUGCUCGGCUUGCUCUACUCAGUGCUUUUUGAGACUCUUGGCUGGAUGCAUUUGAUUCAAGGCAAUGGCUGGAGGAACUCCACCGAGGAACAUUUGGAAACGCUCUACUGGCUGAUCCCAGGUAGGGCUAUUUUGCAUGUCUGCGCCCACGUCAUUGGCAUCCAUCUUUUUAUUAUGUCUGAAGUGCGUUCACGCAGCACGUUCCUCAAGGUCGGCCAAGCCAUCAUGCAUGGGAAAGACUUGGAGGUGGAAAAGGCCCUGAAGGAGCGGAUGAUCCACUCGGUGAUGCCUCGUAGGGUGGCUGAUGAGCUCAUGAAGCAGAGCGAUGACGACAAUGACAACUCGGUUAAGCGCUACUCAACGGGAGCAGUCAUUGCAGGUGCCUCCAGCCCAAAGAGCACCAAACACAAAAAGACAUCAAUACCUCGAGGACAGAUCAUCUUUCGGCCGUUCAACAUGAAACGCAUGGAGCCGGUCAGCAUCCUGUUCGCGGACAUUGUGGGAUUCACCAAGAUGAGCGCCAAUAAGUCAGCGCAUGCCCUGGUGGGACUCCUCAAUGACUUAUUCGGGCGCUUCGAUCGCCUGUGUGAGCUCACGUGUUGCGAGAAGAUUAGCACGCUGGGAGAUUGUUACUAUUGCGUGGCUGGUUGUCCCGAACCAAGAGAGGACCACGCAUACUGCUGUGUAGAGAUGGGGCUUGGGAUGAUCCAGGCCAUUGAACAGUUCUGUCAAGAAAAGAAAGAGAUGGUGAACAUGCGUGUUGGCGUCCAUACUGGCACCGUGCUUUGCGGGAUCCUCGGCAUGAAGCGUUUUAAGUUCGACGUCUGGUCCAAUGAUGUCAACCUAGCCAAUCUUAUGGAGCAGUUGGGUGUUGCCGGGAAGGUGCACCUUUCGGAGGCCACGGACAAGUUUUUGGAUGACCGGUACUUGCGAGAAGACGGGCGAGUUACAGAAAGGAUUGGACCAAGUGUGGUUGCAGAUCAGCUUAAAGGAUCUUUAUCUGCCAUGCUAAAAUCUAAGAGCUGAAGGAUCCCAAACGCCUGUUUGUGAGUGGAUAAAGUCACUUGGCCAAACCGAAAUCACUGUGCCAGAACAAAUCCCUGUGCUGUCACAGCAUCAUCAUCUCGCUGUGGCAGCGCAGGUGUCUCUGUAGGUCCUGUGGGUCAACUGGGAUUGACGUGGCGGCUGUCGCCCUUGAGAGACUCUGGUUCAAUCAGAGAGGAUUUGAGUUGCUUCAUUUUUUUUUUACUCCGU